AUGGGGUCAAGUGAGGAGGACUACCUACUGCGAGCUAUUCCCUUCGUGUUACAGGGAGAGGCUGACACCUGGUUCAUGAGGUUGCCUCCUAGGUCUAUCCGAACCUGGUCGAAGUUCCGACAGGUGUUUUUGGACUACUUCUUCCCUUCCACGAAGAUAAAUGCCAUGAAGAAGUGGAUACAGAGAGCCCACCAAGACAUCGAUGAGACCUUGAGCAAAUACUGGGAAAGAUACAAGGGACUACUCGACGCGUGCCCAAAUAAUCGGAUGAUGGAGGCUAAUGUUUACAACACAUUUUAUGUAGGGCUGACCCCCACGAGCAAUGAUUUGAUGAACUCUUCGAGUGGUGGUGACUUCUCUAAACUGAAGGUGAGUGAAUCCAAAAAGGUGUUGGACAGGUUGAUCAACGCAAAAAGAGCGUAUGACAACCCACACAAUUCAAUCCUAAAGUGGGUACCAGUCAAUGUAUAUGCCGAUACAGCCGAAGAGAGAAUGGAGGCUCGCAUGGACAAGAUGGAGAAUGUACUGUUAGCCGCGAUGGAAAAACAGACUCAAACUGCACCUCAGGAGAAGGUGAAUACGGUAGCAAGGCAAGAAGGGGUGUAUCCUAGUUGUGGACCCUCGGGACUUCAAGCUCAGCAGAGAGGUUACCAGAAUCAAAAUUCGAAUGCCCCCUCACAGCCUCGGGGGAGUCAAGGACCACAAGGAAAUUUCCACCGUGGAGGAGGAUCCUCUUCCGGCAGUCAGCCGGGAGCAGUUUCCAAUCAAUCAGCAGCUAAGCAACCCAAAGGAACAGAUGAGUUGAUUGGUGAUUUGUUGAAUUCCCAGCAGCACAUGCAAGGCAAUAUGCAAGCCAACAAUGAUAUGGUGCACAAGCUGCAGGAUUCCCAGAUGGAACACAAGGCAGCUCUGGACAUGCUCACCAAACAAAUCUCACAGAUGGCAACUACCUUAAGUGAAAUGAGCGGGAAUAAUGGAAACAUACCCGCCACUGUCAAAAUGCCAGACAGAGUCAAUAUCAGCAAGAUCACUCUGAGAUCGGGGAAAGACUAUGCUGAACCCUCUGGAAGAGUGGAGGAAAGUAGUGAGAUGGUGAUCGACGAACAGGUGGUAACAAAGGCUCUGGAGGAUUAUGAGAAGGGGCCACUGCCAAAUGCUUCCGACCCUGUACUCCCCGAUGAGGAACCUGAGGAUCUGUGUGAUGAGAAGAAAAGGCAUGAGAAUGUUGAAAAGAACGAAGGAACAAGCCAUGCCAUUAAGCGUACCAAGCCUUAUCCAUAUCGGGGGGAACCUAAGAGACAGAAAGAAGACCCCACCGAUUUCAUGGAAAUCUUUGGGAAAUUGGAAAUCAAUCUUCCUCUCUUGGAAGCACUGAAGUUGCCACGAUUUAGCAGAUCCAUAAAGGACUUCAUAGCUCGAAAAGCGAAGGCUGAUGGGAAGAUCGUGAUUGGGGAGAGUGUCUCGGCAGUCAUCCAGAAGAAAAGGCUCCCCUUAAAGAGAACAGAUCCGAGAAUGUUUACCUUACCGAUCAUCAUUGGGGAUGUCAACAUCGAGCACGCGAUGUGCGAUUUGGGGGCCUCGAUUAAUGUGUUACCAUUUUCGAUUUACAAGAAGCUGACAGGGUUUAGGCUGGUUGAUACCAAGGUGAUCAUCCAAUUGGCUGACAGGUCGUGUAUUAACCCUGAAGGAGUUCUGGAAAAUGUGAUCGUGAGGGUACACAACUUCUUAUAUCCAACAGAUUUCCAUGUGAUCAGAAUGAAUGAGUCAGAGACAGGGGAGUCAAGUGGAGUUUUAUUGGGAAGACCGUUCCUGAGGACAACCAAGACGAUAAUUGAUGUCAGUGAUGGCACGAUAUGUCUUGAUUAUCACAGCGAGAAGUAUACAUUCAACAUCGAUGAGACCAUGAAGAAACCACUAGACGUGGAAAAUCUGAAUUCCAUCGAUGUUAUCACACCUUUAGUUCAGGAGUUUCUUGAAGCUGAACUCUUGAAGGAGAAACUUGAGGCCUUUGAGAUAGAUGAUGCUAUAGAAAAAGAGGUUUCUAAUUGGUGUGAGGCAUUGGUAACUCGUGAAUUAACUGAUGAUGAAAUCAACAAGGCUAUCAUGGGAUUAUGCCACAUGAUAGACUUAGCCGGAUCAAGUGGCUCAGCCCAGCUGAACAGUUUAGAGGGGGUGAGUAAUGCUGAGAAGUUACCUGACUUCGGGGAACUUUAG